AUGGCUCGCACUAAGCAGACCGCUCGCAAGUCCACCGGCGGCAAGGCGCCGCGCAAGCAGCUGGCCACCAAAGCGGCCCGGAAGAGUGCGCCGGCCACGGGCGGCGUGAAGAAGCCGCACCGCUACCGGCCCGGCACGGUGGCCCUGCGCGAGAUCCGCCGCUACCAGAAGUCCACGGAGCUGCUCAUCCGCAAGCUGCCGUUCCAGCGGUUGGUGCGCGAGAUCGCGCAGGACUUCAAGACCGACCUGCGCUUCCAGAGCUCGGCCGUGAUGGCGCUGCAGGAGGCGUGCGAGGCCUACCUGGUGGGGCUCUUCGAGGACACCAACUUCUUGCAAGUGUUUGUUAUGUCGGGUCGUGGGAAAGGGGGGAAGGGUCUCGGAAAGGGGGGCGCCAAACGCCACCGCAAGGUGCUGCGCGAUAAUAUCCAGGGCAUCACCAAACCCGCCAUUCGGCGUCUGGCCCGGCGUGGUGGCGUCAAGCGCAUCUCCGGCCUCAUCUAUGAGGAGACCCGUGGGGUGCUGAAGGUGUUCCUGGAGAACGUGAUUCGGGACGCUGUCACUUACACCGAGCACGCCAAGCGCAAGACUGUCACCGCCAUGGACGUGGUCUACGCGCUCAAGCGCCAGGGACGCACCCUUUAUGGCUUUGGCGGCUGAGUGUUUAGUUUUGUGUCUGUUCCUUUAACAAAA